CGAGUUAAUGGACUACCUAGCAUUUUGUAUAAUACUAAUUCCCUUCGUGUGGGCAUGCAUUGCUGUGCUCACCUCCGCUUUAGGAGGCCGGAAGUCUGGCUCCUCCAUACUUCCCCCAGGCCCCCACCCUUUUCCAAUCAUCGGAAACAUCUUGGAGCUGGGCAAUAAACCCCAUCAAGCUAUUGCAAAGCUCUCCAAAACCUAUGGACCCCUUAUGACUCUCAAGCUUGGGAGCAUAACAGCCAUAGUCAUUUCCUCUCCAAACAUAGCCAAAGAAGCACUCCAAAAAAAAGACCAAGCCUUCUCUGGCCGAAUUGUCUUGGACAUUAGCCGAGUAUUUAACCAUAACGAAGUUUCAAUAGCGUGGUUGCCUGCAUUGGCUCAUUGGAGGAACCUCAGGAAAGUUUGUGCCACGCAAAUAUUUGCUCCACAACAACUCGAUGCCACACAAGCCCUUCGACAAAAAAAGGUGCAAGAAUUACUUGACCAUGUUAAUCAAUCUUGCAGCAAUGGUGGGAAAGUGGUUGAUAUUGGUCGAGCAGCCUUCAUUACAGUACUUAAUGUCAUAUCAAACACUUUGUUUUCCAUUGACUUGGCACAUUAUAGUUCAAAUUUAUCGGCUGAAGAUUUCAAGGAGCUUGUAUGUGCUAUCAUGGAAAUAGCUGGAAAGCCUAAUAUUGCAGACUAUUUCCCAGUACUUCGUUUAGUUGACCCACAAGGCGCACGGCGAAGGAUGAAGAUUUGUUAUGCCAAAUUGAUCGAGAUUUUUGACAGAAUCAUCAAUGAACGAGUACAAUUAAGAGCUUCAGAGGGUUCUAAGGCAAGAAACGAUUUACUAGAUUCCUUCCUCAAUCUUUCUGAAGAUGAUAAUUCAGAAUUAAGCUGCGACGAUUUCAAACAUUUGCUUCUGGAUUUAUUUGUUGCAGGGGUUGACACAACAUCAAGCACAAUUGAAUGGGCAAUGACAGAGUUACUUCGCAACCCUGAAAAAAUGGCAAAGGCCCGAGAUGAGCUAGAAAAAGUCCUGCGCAAGGAUGGGCUUGUUCAAGAAUUGGACAUCUCUAAGUUCCCUUUUUUACAAGCAAUAGUGAAAGAAACCUUUCGUUUGCACCCACCAGCACCUUUCCUAGUUCCCCACAAGGCAGAAACCGUUGUAGAAAUGUGUGGCUUCACUGUGCCCAAAAAUGCGCAAAUUAUAGUAAAUGUGUGGGCAAUGGGGCGAGAUCCAAGCAUAUGGACAGACCCUGAUAUAUUUUUGCCUGAAAGGUUCUUAGAGCGCACCAUUGACUUUAAAGGUCAAGACUUUGAGUUGAUUCCAUUUGGAGCUGGAAGAAGGAUUUGUCCUGGAUUACCAUUAGCUAACAAGAUGGUACACUUGAUGUUGGCAUCUCUUGUUCAUUGCUUUCAUUGGAGACUUGCGGAUGAGAUGAAGCCAGAAGAUAUAGACAUGAGUGAGACCUUUGGAAUGACCUUACACAGGUCUGAGCCUCUCCGGGCUAUUCCCAUCAGAUUAUAACUUCUAUUAUUUUCGUAGCCAAUUAUAUUUGCCUGUGUGUAGAAUCGUUUAAUAUGUGUUAGGAUUUUCUGUAAGCAAUAAGCAGGACAAAGAUCACUGUAUG